GGCGGUGCGGCGGUCCACCGUCGAGUGCCGACGACGACGGCGACGGCGACGGCGACGACGACCACGACCACGUCGGCGACGGUGUGUCAGUACGUUCGUGCGAUUCGGACACGCAUCAACCGUGCUGCUUCAGUGUCAGUGUUGUAGUCGUGCGUCGUACCGCGUGCACUCGCGUUCGUCUGUAUAAUAUUAUUACACAUUUCUAGAUAGUUUUCUUUUACGCUUUUUCGUUAAUAAUAAUAUCGUUUCGGUAAUAUUAUACGGACGUGAAAAAAAUAAAUCGUCCGCCGCAACAAACGGCGUGAUCUCAGCGAUCGAGUGAUUUUCGCGAUCACAUGCCCUGCACCGUAUAUCGGCGGUACCGAAUAUCCUAUUCCCGUCAGACCACCGCUAUGUGAAAAACGUGCAGUGCAUCGAGCGGCGCUGCAGCGUACGGACGAUGAGCCGCCGAUGGCCACCUCGACAGACACGGAACACCGCGACCACCACCACGACGACCACCGGAACCACAACCACCACCACUACGGCCGUCCGUCGCUCCCGCGGCCGCAGCAGCAGCAGCAGCACCAUUAUGCGUACAAGACCGUGGCCAAGAAACAACGGUCGUCGUCGGCCGGCGCCAAGAAGAAAUCGACCGGCAAUCGCAGGCGGCGUCUGACGCACGUGUUGGCCGGCAUCGUUCUUGGACUUUUUUUCGGUUACACGUUCGGCGGAUCGUACGGCCGAUUCCGGUUGUACGCCGGUUGCGGCGAAGGCGGUAGCGAUGGCAGCAGGCCCGGCGUGUUGCGACCGCUGCAGCCGCUUCAGCAAUCGUCGCAGGCCCACGACGACGACAACAGUGGAGCGAGACCCGUGGCCGGACAUGCAGAGCGAGCCGGAGGUCCGCCCGAAUCGCUGCUGUUCGUCGGCGUGAUGACGGCCAACCGGUACUUGGCCACCAGGGCGGCCGCAGUCCACGGCACGUGGGCGCGUCGUGUGCCCGGCCGCGUCAUGUUCUACAGCUCGGAAACGUCGGUCCUGCCACCGGGUGCGGCCGACCUGCCGCUCGUCCGGUUGCCGACGGUGGACGACUCGUACCCGCCGCAGAAGAAGUCGUUCCUGAUGCUGCAGCACAUGUGGGACAACUACGGCGGCGCGUACGAGUGGUUCAUGCGGGCCGACGACGACGUGUACGUGCGUCCCGACCGGCUGGCCGCGCUGCUCCGGUCCGUCGACAGCCGCAAACCGGUGUUCAUCGGACAGGCCGGUCGGGGGAACCAGGAGGAGUUUGGUCUGCUCAGCCUCGAGUACGACGAGAACUUCUGCAUGGGCGGGCCCGGCGUCAUCAUGAGCCGCGAGACCCUGGCCAGGGUGGUGCCGCACAUCAAACACUGCCUGAAGAACCUGUUCACCACGCACGAGGACGUCGAGCUUGGCCGGUGUGUGCAAAAGUUCGCGGGCGUGUCGUGCACGUGGUCCUAUGAGAUGCAAACUAUUUUGUACCACAACUCCAGUGGUCGCGAUGCGUUCACUGGCAAUUUGAAGCAGAAAGAAGUGCACCGAGCAAUAACUCUCCAUCCAGUCAAACAGCACACUCACAUGUAUAGGAUACACAACUACAUGAAGGGUCUCGAGCUGCAGGAAAUACACCAGAAGAAGAUCCUGUUGCACCGGGACGUACGAUCCAUGAUCGAUCAGCUGAUCAGCACGCACCCGCGACCGUCCAUCGAGUUCCGGCUGACCGGCGACUCGAAACAGCUGUUCGCGUCCCGGCCGGGAAGUCCGAAUUACUUGGGCGACCCAGACCUGUUGGGACUUCCGCCGGGACUGAACAAGUAUAGGCCGCGCAAGGUGGCGGACGUCAUCAAAUGGGACUUCAUAUCGAAGGCUUGGUACUCGGACACGGACGCGAAUCCAAGGCGUCGGAUAGACUCGUACACGAAAGAAGGACUCGAUGACGUCGUCCGGGAGGUGAUGGAUCUGAUAAAUAAAUUUUCCAAGCAGCGCGGUCGGGUGAUCGAUUUUAAGGAAAUAUUUUACGGUUACCAGAGGGUGAACCCAUUGUUCGGCGUGGACUACAUGUUGGACAUGUUGCUGAUGUACAAGAAGUACCGGGGAAAAAAGAUGACCGUUCCUGUGCGGCGGCACGCAUACCUCCAACAGCAGUUUACCGGUUUCGAAGUGCGCGAAGUGCUGGACGGGUCAGAAGUGAAGCCCGUUACGCAGCAGCAGGACGCCGAAGCGUACGACAACGUCGACGACGACACGGCGGGGAGUCCGUCCAGGGACAUUGCGGACAACGGCAUGGUCCGGGUGCAGGACGUGCCGCCGGCCAAGCGUCGGCCCGAUGGCCGAGCCAAGACGGUGCACUUCGUGUUGCCGCUGUUCAACCGGCUGGCCACGUUCGCCCGGUUCGUGGACAACUACGAGUCGGUGUGCCUGGCGAACGACGAACGCGUCACGCUGACGGUGGUCCCGUUCGGGCAGGCCACCGCGGACGGGGCGGCCGCCGCCGUGGCGCAGCUCGCGGGCCGUCACCCGAACGCCCGGCUCACCGUGCUGCCCGACCCCGGCGUCCCGUUCGCCCGAGCGGCCGCGCUCCAUGCGGGAGCCGUCCACGCGGCCGGCCGGCCACCGGACGACCUGCUGUUCUUCGUCGACGUGGACAUGCUGUGGACGGCCGCGACGUUGGACCGCGUCCGAUUGAACACGGUUCGCGGCCGCACCGCGUACUUCCCGAUCGUUUACAGCGAAUACGACCCCGUGGUGGUGUACGGCCGGGCGGAAGGGUCGCCGAACCAUUUCCUGGUCAACCAGGGACACCGGAUAUUGGCGGCAGUACGGGUUCGGCAUCGUCAGCGCGUACUCCACCGACCUGGCGGCUGCCGGAGGGCUGAACACUUCCAUCCGGGGCUGGGGCAACGAGGACUACAGGAACCGGGACGCGGUGUACGACUUCGCGGCAGGCCGGUUGCGGAACGGGUCGACAGCCGCGGUUGCACGGCCGCCGCAGAUGCAGCCCGCUUCGGUGUCCUCGGCGCCGCGGCCGCGUGUUUGAUAUAUUAUUAUUUAUAACGAAAUAUUAAAAUGUAUAUUAUUUUACCAUACUCGGCACAUCAUUGUUUGUAAUUUUUUUGAUAGUAAACGAACAAAAACAGCGUCAUGAUCUCAAGUCGAUCGAGAAAAUCGUGUGUCUCUCCCUCUCUCUUACUUUGUAUCUCUUGCUCUCUCUAUGUAUAUAAAUAUAAUGUAUAAAACGUAUCGUGAUAUUAUUAUAAUACCCUUAAUAUGAUA